UGAUCUGUAAAAUACUGUGCCAUUGACAAAUUUUUAUUACUCUAUGUAAUCUACUAGUUAUUGUAUCAUCUUCUACAGAAUGAUAUCUGCUGACAUUUUUUCUCCAUUUCAUACAGAAUAUGAGAGGAGGAGUGUUCCCACUAAUGCACAUUGUUCUGACAAAAAUUUCACAGGGGAGGAUCAGGCUGACUUCAAAUCAUGCUCUAAUCUAUACGAGAAGGAAGAAGAUGAUUAUGAGACAAUAAAUUCUUCCACUCUGGAACCCAUACAUACUUUGAGAAUCCUUCCUCCCAAACCUGUACAGGAAUCUGAAUAUGCAGACAAACGUUAUCUGAUGCCUUCAGGUAUCACUUCCGAGAUGAGCAGCCAACACCCAUGUCAGUCACCUCAAUACUUGGCUAAAUGCACGUCUGCUCUAGAGGGGAGGAGCAUGCUGACUAUUAGAGGAGAAAGAGGGAAAAUACAUGGACCCCAGCAGCCUUUGCCUCCUCCACGGCCACUGAAGACACUGCCAAAGCAAUAUCAACCACUUCCUCCAGAGCCAAAGAUAAGCAGCCAGGUCUCUCACACCAGGAAAACGCUCAGCCAAGCACAUACCUUUCCAGUAUCAGCAAAGCUCACAAGGCAUAUAUCUCUUAGGGAACUGAAUGAAGCAUCUGGAAGAGAAAAAGUUACAGAUUUGAUGAAGAAACUCGAAUUGACUUUACAAGCACAACAGUACAAAAUAAAGCAUCUUCCUGAAUCCAGCUUCCAGUAUAUACAGAGCUCAAAGAAUGUUUGCAGCUCAGAGCCCACAUUAAAUGUAAAGGAUGUGUCAGUGAAGAGGUCACCGUCUCCUAUACAGUGCACAUCAUAUGAAAACAAACCAUUCACAAAACAUUCACUUGUAAAACGGGAAAUGAAAUCUCUUACCCAGCCCACUGAAAAGGACUUAAACAAAUAUGAAUGGUACAUUGGAGAAUAUGAUCGCCAUGAAGCAGAGGUGGCAUUGUUACAGGAGAACACCGAUGAGACUUUCUUGGUUAGAGACUGUUCAAAGAAAUCAAACACUGAACCAUAUGUUUUGGUUGUCUAUUAUGGAAGAAGAGUAUACAACAUUAAAGUACGUUUUCUAGAAGACAGCCAACAGUAUGCGCUGGGAACAGGUCUCAGAGGAGAUGAUAAAUUUAAUUCUGUGAAAGAAAUCAUUGACUUCUACAAAUAUGUUCCCAUCACACUCAUCGAUGGAAAGGAUAAGGCAGGAAGCCAAAGAGAACAAUGCUACCUUACAUAUCCAUUCAAGUUACGCAAAUGAUAUUUUCUGCCUCAAUAUCACCCAUUUCUGUAUAAAUGUAAAUAGAAUAAUUAUUUAAAUAUGUCAAAAGCCAGAUUAGCCUUUGAGUGAUGAAGCAUUCAUACUAUGAAGCAUUCUAAACACUCUCCUAAAAAACUUCUCUCCAACUUGGAUUAUAGAUUACUGUAUUUUUGAUUUGUUGCAAUUUGUUUUUAUCCAAUAGAUGUAAGUGAGCCUCACAUUGUAUUAAUUCACAGAAAAGUCUUAAAAGACUAACUCCUGAUACUUUGACAAUGGUUGAGCAAUUUGCUUAUCUUGCACUGUACCUGCUAAUGCAAGAUGAAAACCAGUCUUGCUUACCUAAAUGUCACUGAAGCUCAGUUAGUAGCAAAGCCUAAUAAAGCACAUUGUAGUCAUAUUAAAUAUAUUCUUGCUUUUAAAAAUACACACCAAAUGCUAUUUUUCUAUUUGCUGUUUAACACUUUCAUUCAGCGUGCAUAUGUACUUGCACAACAAAAAGCCCUGCUCAGCAGCCACUGAAGUCAAUGGGUAUCAGCUGAUGCUCCCAGGUAUUGGAGCAGAUUCUAAGGCUACCUUUAGCAACGAAAACUCUUACUGGUUAACUAACACAUAUUCUUCACCUUAAGUAGAAUCAUAGAAUCAUGUAGGUGGGAAAAAACCUCUGAGAUCAUCAAGUCCAACCAUUAACCUAGCACUGCCAAGUCUACCACUAAACCAUGUCCCUAAGCACCACAUCUACAUGUCCACAACCAGCCUGUACUGACAUUGGAGAUCUCGCCAACCUAGAUGCAGGAACUUGAACAUGCCCUUGCUGAACUUCAUGAGGUUCACAUGGCCCCAGUUAUCACAUCUGUCAGGGUCCCUCCUGAUAAAAUCCCUUCCCAACAGGGAUAUCAAGUGCACCACUUGCCUUGGUGUCAUCAACAAAGUUAGUGUCACCCAUAAACAUUAUGGUCAUUCAGAUUCUCUUAGGCAUUGCCUUUCUAGGCAGGCCACCUCUGGUCUUGGGUUUUAGACUCUCCCUCAGAUUAACUAUUGCUCUUGGGAGAAAUGUGCCUGGCUCUUCUUUUACAAUCAUACUUCUCCCCUUCAUACCUUCCUGCUUUACACAGUGUAAAAUAAUACUACGAAGAUUUGGGAAUGAAUGUGCUGAGCUAUUUAUACACAUCCCUCUAUCUGCCCAUGUCUUUGUGCUUUGGCUGUCCGGACUGACAGCACAGCAGGCACAACCACAUAGUUAGUAGGAUUUCCACAGGACACCCCACCCUGCUCACCAGAGGUGCCCCUAACGCUGCCUGAGGCAGGGUCAGCAGAGUGGCAGAAGCAAAGCACUGUCUGUGGAGGACAAGAGCAUGGGAAGGGGGCGCUGAGAACAGAGCUGGCGGUGUGCCACUGCCUCAGUCUCCCCAGCUUGAGGCCAGGGUGGAGGGACAAAGCGAUCACUGAAGUAACAGAUACUUGUAUUCCAUAUUUGAACUUUCAAACAUAUGUUAGGACCAUUAAGCAAGCAGUCCCUUUGAAUUCUCACUAUGUUCAAGUGUACAGAUAAAAAUUAUCAGUAGGAGCAGUAGAAUUGUUUCAAAGUCACCUAAAAAUGUUUCAGCAUUUAUCAAAGCGGAUGAGAAUUUUAUUAUUUUUUUUUCCCAGAAAAAAAAAAAUAUAAUUUAUUCAUAUCUGAGUUUGGGGAAGUUUAACUAAUUUUCCCUAUGAAUAUGAAAGGCUGUUCUGUAAAGCAUUAAUGAUCUUCUUUUCUCAGCAUGCUGAGAAGUUUAGUGAGGUAAUUGGAAUACACCAAGAAAGCAACCUCAGGUACUUUAUCCUUACAGAACAGGACCAAGAAGAAUAAAAGCAUUAAAGCCCAGAAUAUGACAUUCCAACCCAACUUAGGAUGUACUGUGUAGUCGCACAGACUAGCUCUACAUGAAUUUAACAGUUGGUUGUUGACUUCCUUGCAAUCUUUUUAUUUCUCCAUGCUGCAUCAGAAUGCAAAGGAACAUUCAUUACAAUUAUUUCUCUCAAACCACUGAGAGUAUUAAAUAUGAAGGAAAUUAUUUUCACAUGACGUUAUCUGAUCAUUAGAACCAAAAAAUCAACAGAACAGAAGCUGCUAAGUACAGUUUGGCAAAGCUCAUGAAAAGGAAGAGAGGCAUCAUGUAAUCUGCUUUCAGACUUUUAUAGUCACCAUACAAAUUAACUUGUGGAAGGUUUUCAUGUUAAAAAAACAUUUUUUUUUCUAAAUUAAACCCAUGAGAAAAUAGAACAGCUUAACAAUUUAGAUAGGAGACCAUGUCAGUGACAUACAAAGCCUUGUAGAUGUUUACUAAAACAGCAAAGUUGCUUACUAAAGACAAGCAUUAAUAGUAUACUUAAACCACCUACAGUUUAUAAUGCUGAGCAGCAACACUUUUUCCACACAUACAAAGAUUACAGCUUUCAUUAGGAAUGUUCUAAUUUUGCCAGUGACAACUCUUAAGAAGAAAAUUCAAAGCCAUUUUAUUUAGUAGCUUCUACA